UUUGCCCAGCACUUCCCAUUCUGUUCGUGCUUGGCCAGGGUGGAGGCUGCCCUUCCUGCUCAUCCAUCGCCAGAACAAGAGUGCCCACACAUCUGAGUCACGAUGGGCAAGAUGGACAACACCUCCGUGGAGCUCAGCUCUCCCUCCGAGGUGAAGCAGGCAGCCCUGGAGGAGUCAGAGCCCAUCACCCCUGAGGCUGUGAGCACCAAGAAGAAGAAGGAGAUCCCAGACAGAGGUUCCUGGAAGGGAAGAUUUGAUUUCUUGCUGUCCUGCGUGGGCUAUGCUAUUGGGCUGGGCAACGUCUGGCGCUUCCCGUAUCUCUGUGGCAAGAACGGAGGAGGGGCCUUCCUCAUCCCAUAUUUCCUGACGCUGGUGUUUGCUGGGAUUCCUCUCUUCCUGCUAGAAACUGCUUUGGGCCAGUAUACCUCUGUCGGUGGAUUGGGAGUCUGGAAGUUAGCUCCCAUGUUUAAAGGAGUGGGACUGGCAGCUAUGAUUCUCUCCUUCUGGCUGAACAUCUACUACAUUGUCAUCAUUGCCUGGGCUCUCUACUAUCUCUUCAACUCUUUCACUGCGGACCUGCCGUGGCAGAGCUGUGGGAAUGCCUGGAACACCGAUCGCUGCUUCUCCAACUAUUCCCUGGGCGACACCACCAACCUCACCAGCGCUGUCACCGAGUUCUGGGAGAGGAACAUGCACCAGAUGUCUGGAGGCUUGGGGGAGCCCGGCACCAUCCGCUGGCCCCUGGCCGGCACACUGGCCCUGGCCUGGCUGAUGGUCUACUUCUCCAUCUGGAAGGGUGUGGAGUGGACAGGCAAGGUGGUGUAUUUCUCAGCCACCUACCCCUACUUCAUGCUUUUCAUCCUCUUCUUCCGGGGAGUCACACUGCCAGGAGCCAAGGAGGGGAUCCUCUUCUACCUCACACCCGACUUCAGAAAGCUCUCUGACUCUGAGGUCUGGAUGGAUGCAGCCACACAGAUCUUCUUCUCUUAUGGCCUGGGGUUGGGGUCUUUGAUCGCUCUGGGGAGCUACAACACUUUCCACAACAACGUCUACAGAGACUCCAUCAUUGUCUGCUGUAUAAACUCCACCACAAGCGUGUUUGCUGGGUUUGUUAUUUUCUCCAUUGUUGGCUUCAUGUCACACAUCACAAAGAAGUCAAUCUCAGAACUAGCCUCCUCUGGCCCUGGACUGGCUUUCCUCGCCUACCCACAGGUUGUCACACAGCUGCCCCUGUCCCCUCUCUGGUCUAUCCUCUUCUUCUCCAUGCUGAUGAUGUUGGGUCUGGAUAGUCAGUUCUGCACUGUGGAAGGGUUCAUUACAGCCCUGAUGGAUGAGUAUCCUCAUCUCCUGAGAGCCAGGAAGAAGGUCUUCAUUGCAGUAGUCUGUUUCAUCUCUUAUCUCAUUGGAUUCUCCAACAUCACCCAGGGUGGCAUUUAUGUCUUCAAGCUGUUUGAUUACUACUCUGCUAGUGGCAUGUGUCUUCUCUUUCUUGUCUUCUUUGAGACCAUCUCAAUUUCUUGGUGUUAUGGUGUGAACAGGUUUUACAGGAACAUUGAAGAAAUGAUUGGCUACAAACCUUGCAUGUGGUGGAAGAUCUGCUGGGCCUUCUUCACUCCUCUUGUCUGCCUGGGCGUGUUCUUCUUCAGUGUGGUGGAAAUGACCCCUCUGACACUGGGAAAAUAUGUCUAUCCCGUGUGGGGACAAGGCAUUGGCUGGCUUAUGGCUCUGUCCUCCAUGAUACUGAUUCCAGGAUACAUGCUGUACUGUUUCUUCACCUCAACAGGGACCCUCCGGCAGCGCUUGCAGCAGAUGACACAGCCCAGGCCAGAUGUGCAUGCUCAGAACAACGGCCUCCAGCCAAAGACGUCUUUGAAUGGGAGGAUCUCGGAUGCUGCUGUUUAGGAGAGCCCGGACCUCCUCACCCUGCCCUGUAGCUGCUCACGCCACGUUGUCCCUCCAGCUCCUCCGGCACAGCUCGCUGUCCCUGGCUCUGCAGUGGCUUUUGCUUCUCCAAGAGAGGACCUGGCAGAGGAACCCUCUUGCUCCUCUUCCUUCCAGCCCGGCUUACCAAGGCCCUGCAGGACUGCCACCAGCAACCACCUCCUGCAGCAUCCUGGUCCAGGCUCUCACAGAGAAAUGGCUGGUUCCAAGGUCUUCUUCCUCCUGACAAGGAGAGCUUAGACUGAUUGUUGACCACUUGUAAACCUUUCCUUUGCCUUUCCUCAUGAACCUUCACAGAGCAUCCCAUAGCACACAGCUGUGCUGUCACCCCCAAGAGCCAGGUGACACCAGGUUCAAAUCCCAGAUGGUUAGUGAUUGAUCUAGCAUAAACCAGCACUAGCCAGCGCAUAACUGGAGGGGAUGUGGCCCAAUGAGGGAUUCCAGUGAGGAGUCCAGCAUGCUGGUAGCUGUAGAACUUCACCCCACAAGUGGAGAAGGGCAUCAGGACAGUGUGUGCUGCUCAUAGGUGCUGUGUUUCACCCCUGCGUGGUCUCCAGACAUUUCACUGCAUCCAUUGGGGCUGGUACUGUGAGCCAGAGCCUAGCAGUUUAGGCAACCUUUUCCUUCUGGAGCAUCCUGCCCCUUCAGUUGUGUGCAGCAGCCACUCUGUGACCCUAAAAUACAGUUAAAAGGGUGCGUGGAGGGCUUUUAGCUAGAAGCUCUCCAAGUCUCGUACACUGACCACUGUCUGCUGCAACCAGCUGUGUGCAGCGGCAAGAGGUGUGCUGUGCGAUGGGGUGACUUUCCAUCACAGUGCAAAUCUCCUCCAACUGGAACAGGUUAGUUCCUGCCAAACACCCUCCCUGGCUGUGUCCCAGGGUGGUAAGCAGUAAGAUGCAGCAUAGUGUCCAUGGGUGGUUUAGGUUAUACCUCUUUGGGAAGUGGCAACACCUAAGUCCCAGCUGGUGGAAUGCAGCAGCUCCUGGGGGAGCUGGUAGGAUGUAGCCACCAUGUUUGCAUCCACUUCUAUGAACCAGUGCUGGCUGGCUUUGGGAAGUGUCUGUACAGACAGCUGCUGAUACUGGCACAUCCCACCUCCCAAGACAAACAUCACAGGGGCCGGGAGCUGUUGUAGAUGGUGCUGGAGGAGUGUAUAACAGCUCAGAGAAGGCUGGGAAGUAUUUCAGAGCAGCAGCAUAUUUCUUGUUUAUAAGGCCUUGAGAAAGGAGGUGACUCAUCAUAGCACCAUGUGCAGGUGUGACAGUGAUGCUCCCGUUUGCGACAGCCUCCCAAUGACCCCGUGCAGAGAUACCCAUGUAUUCAGAGCAUUUGAUGAGCUCCUGUCAUGCCUAAGCACACAUGGUGUGACUUAGUGCAAAUUAGCCUUUCCUCUCCCUUGGCACCCUGACAGCAUUGCCAGGUCUGCUCACACUUCCAGGUUCAGCUCAGGAUCAACAUUCAUAAAUGAGUGCCCUAGAAAACAUGUCCCACUCAUGCUUCCUACCAAAGGGUCUGCUCUUGUAGGGGACAUGCUGAAGUGCCCCAGGAUCCCACUACAGAGGCUAGCUGAGGGAAGGAUGAACCCCUGUGCAACUGCCCUGCACUCCCAUAGGUACUGAAAAAUGAUGCAGGAUGGCUGUGUGCUGUCUGUCCCUGCCUGCGGCCAACCUGCUCUUCCACUAGUGUUCCAGCCUGAGGAUCAGUAAUGUAAAGAGGAAAAAAGCUGUCUCGUUAAAGCUGAAAUCAGUGACCUUUGUGGUUGGGUCCCCUGCCAGUUUGCCAAUGCAUCACGAUUAACCCUGCUUUAGGUGUGUAACCAGUUUGUAUUUGUACUCUGGCUCUUAGUGGUUGUGGAUGCCAGGGCCUGUCCGGCAUCUGAUCGUUAGGGUGUUUGCAUCAAAAACAAUCACAGGUGUUACACAGGCACAAGGAAACACCAAAUUUACAGGUUUGAUCUUGUAAAGCCAAAAGCGAAACACUGAAAGCUGCAGUCAUAGUUCAUCACAACUAAUCUCAGCCAGUCACAGAUAUGUCAUCUUUCCUUGUCCCAUCGUUGCCAACACUAGUACAGCUGAAAUUUUCUAUCCCACUUUCACCUAUUUUUAUGAACUAGGAGACAAAGUAAACCACUCUUUAUGCACAUGUACGUCCUUUGAGAGAGGCAUCUGUGUUGAAAAUGGAUGUUAACAUCUGAUCUCUGUAGUGAUGACCUUUAGUAGAAGCCUACUUUUGCCUCUGCAUCCAGGUCACAUAACCUCCCUCCCUUUAAAUGCAGACUGAGACUUUUGCAGGUGGGUGGUGGGCAAAGGAUUCUUGAGCCAAUUCUUGAGCAAGGCCUUAAACCCAUGGAAUACCCAGAUUUUUCCAACUUCGUUUGGGCAGCUCAGGUGUCAGGUGAAGCCCAUCUGUGUCAGUAGUCAUUUCUGAAACUCUCAUCUGAAGGGCUCAGUUGCUGGGAGAGCUGUUCAAAAGGGCUGUGCUAUCCAGAUUGUUCCUCCAGGGGAGUGGAGAAGGAAGGGUCCAGAAGGCAAAGUCCCUUCCCUGGUAGCAGAGGUAAUUCCUAAAUCUCCAAUUUGCUGUGCUGUGAUUUUAGUCCCAGCAUCUCUCUGACUUGAGGCUUGUCUGUGGCGGGUGCAGAGCAUCACUCCAGGUGUAGCAGAAUGGGCUAGCCUGCAAUCAGGCUGCUUAUAAUAACAAUAUUUUAUGAGAUUUAACCAUUUGCUCAGUUUCCUGCCUGUGACCUUCUCUUUUGAGCUCCCUCCUGCCCUGCUCCUUUUCAUUCUCCUACCUCACUAGCUCCUCUGUCAUCCACCCAGUGGAAAUGAUCUAACUCAGCUUGCUUCUUCCUGCUUUGUCUCCACCAUUGUCACAUACAGCUCUCCCUCCUUUCUCUUCUGCUUUCUAUUAUUUCCUCAUUUCUACCUCUAUUAUUACCAGCCCCACUUCCCUGCUUCUCUCAUGUGUUCUUCUUGAGCCUUAUUCCUUUGUGCCUAUGGCUCGGCUUCUCGCUGUGUGCACGCUCAACCCUUCUGCCUGCUAAAAGCCUGGAGCUUAGGACCCCAUGGAGGAGCUCAGCUUUUUGCAGGAUCCAGUCCCUAAGAACCAAUUUCCAUCAUUUCCAUCCCAAUAUCAAAAUUAUAAUGGCAUUCCAGCUAUCUUCUUUACCUCUUUGCACCAGAAAGCACUGUGCCAAGUGGUGUUAUCGCUUUAUACAUUUGAAUCCAUAUUCCACCAGUCUCUGCAGAGCUGUACCUGUUCUGAAUGGUUUUGUGGUCUUUCCUGGUUUUGCAGCAUUUAAGUUUCCACCAUGAAUGUUUGGAUCUGCAAAUUCCAACAUUCAUAGCCUUGCAGGGAGGAAUUUGCCCUUAGUUAAGCUCUGUCUGAUUGAUCCCCUUAUCCAGCAUUUCAAAUUGAUCCCAUCCUUACUGCUAGAGCAGCCUUCCCACUUCCAUCGUGUGCAGGCUUUCCAUCUAAGUGAGAAGACAGGAAUGCAGAUGGCUCCUCGAGCUCAUCCCACACUUCAGAAGUACCACUAUGGGCAGGUCCAGCAAAGCUGCCAUAUCUGCACGUUGACUUUUUGACGUCAGGCUUUGGAUACCAGCCCCAAGGUACGUGCCAUGCUUGUGCCAGUGGAAGAACCAUUUCAAUGCUGUUCCCACCAUGCGUCCCUUCUGCUGAUGGCCACUCUGCUCCUCAUUCCUUUUGGCUCGCCCAGCAGAGAGGAUGGAUACAUGCACGGCCAGAGGGUGGGAUGCUGCUCUCUUCCCCUUGCUGUGAUUCAGAAGGGGACACCACUGCCCUGUGCUCACCUACAGCGCUCCUGCCUGUUCUCCAACCUCUCGC